GCUCAGUCGUUCUGCACGACUUCAGCAUGGAGCUCUACGUCAGGCAUGUGGAGCUGCUGGGCUUCGAGAAACGCUUCUUUCCAAGUCAGCACUACGUGUACCUGCUGAUGGUCAAAUGGAGCGACCUCUCAGAGAAACUCAUCUACAGGACGUACCCUGAAAUCCACACUUUCCACAAAUCACUUAAGGAGAUGUUCCCCAUCGAGUCAGGACAAAUAGAAAAGAAGGACAGGAUAAUCCCCUCAUUACCAGCUCCACGGUGGCUGAACAGUGAGAAGUCCAGAGAAAACAGGAAGACCACCUUGGCCGAGUACUGCCAGUCGCUCAUCAACCUGCCGGCUCACAUCUCCCGCUGCAAACACCUCUCCGCCUUCUUCAAGGUCCGACCUGAGGACGAGAACCCCCCGGCUCCAAACACGCUGAAACGAUUCGAGACGUUUGUGGUGUCCAGGGAACUCACCAGAGGCACCGCAUCUGAGAUCUCUGGCCCCAUCAUCUUGGACACCUACAGAGUCAUCGCAGACUUCGAGAAAACGUCUAAAUACGAGAUCAAUCUGCACACCGGAGACCUCGUGGAAAUUGUGGAGAAAAGUCAGAACGGUUGGUGGUUCUGCCAGUGUGAGACCAAACGAGGAUGGGCUCCUGCCUCCUACCUGGAGCCUCUGGACGGACCCGAGGAGGCAGAGGAGGCUGAACCCGACUAUGAAGGAGAGCUGCACGUCACUGACCAGGCCUACAGGGCAGAGCAGGAGGACGAGAUUUCUCUGGACGUUGGAGAAACUGUGGAGGUCAUUCACAAACUGCUGGACGGCUGGUGGGUCGUCAGAAAAGGGGAUGAGACGGGUCAUUUUCCGUCCAUGUUCCUGCAGAAGGCCGACGACAAGACCGGACCUGUGAGGACGAACCUGCGGGGACAGAAACCCCCACCACGCAGGUCCACCAUCAGAAAUGCUAAAAGCAUCCACAGCAACUCCCGUCAGCAGCUCAGCCAGGAGGCCUACCGCAGGAACAGCCGUCGGUACCUCCAGCAGAAGGCCUCGCCGCGCAAGAACUCCAGGAGCUCUGCAAAGUCUCCGCUGAGGGAGAGGAAGAAUCAGGAGAACAUCCCUGAGGCGUCUGGUUCUGGCUCUGAGAGCGAGCUGAAGAAGGAGGCGCCGGUCAUCCCCCCACGGCCGAGCGCUGAGCUCAUCCUGGAGCGCUGCACCGACAACACCCGCAAGAGGGUCAGCAUCCACGAGUCCCGCUCCGGCUCGACCAGCUAG